AAAAAAUUUAAAAAAUUUCUAUCUACUUAUGUUUUUGUGAAUUUUACCCUUGCCAAUGUUUUGACAAUGUUAGUUGGGAAUGUCUCUUUAAGGUGAUGGAUAAACUGAGUUUUUCGGCAAAAUGGCAGCAAUGGAUCAAAGGGGAUCUAUGCUCUCCAAUGACAUCUAUCCUUGUUAACGGAGAAGCACAUGGAUACUUUCGUGCAAGUAAAGGGGUGCGUCAAGGAGACCCACUGUCCUCAGGGCUUUUCGUUCUAAUUAUGGACAUCCUCUCCUUUCUUAUCACGAAACUCCGGAAUGUGAAUGGACUCUUCGGUUUUGCUAUGGACGAGGAUAGGGGUGAGGGGGAAGUUACCCAUAUCCUUUUCGCAGAUGAUUCCCUCAUCUUUUGUGAUGCUAAUGCCGAUCAAGUUCUCAAUAUUCUAUCUACGUUGCAAUAUUUGGGUGCAAAUGGAGCGACGAACCAUCGAAAUAUCUUGGUCUUCCGCUGGGUGAUCGGCCUAAUGCAGUUUCGAUUUGGAAUCCGGUUAUUAACAAAUAUCAAGAUCGGUUGCAGGGUUGGAAAAGAAGAUUUCAGACUUUCGGAGCUCGGCUGAUUCUCAACGGUGAUGCCCUUAACAGCCUGCAUGUUUAUCAUUUCUUUGCUCAAGGCUCCCAAAUAAAACUGUUCUGAAUAACAUAGAGAAGAUACAGCGCAGAUUCCUUUGGUGUGGGGCAAACGGACAGAACAAGAGACAUUUGAUUCGUUGGGACCUCUGUAAGGCUUCUAAACAGAAGGGUGGUUUGGGUGCUAUUGAUCUUGAGAGUUUCAACAAUGCUUUACUAGGUAAAUGGCUAUGGAAAUAUGCAGUGGAAAGAAACAGUUGGUGGGGACAGCUUCUCAAUAUUAAAUAUCCCAAUCCAAUCUCAGAAUGGAAAACGAAGAAGAUAGAAGAAGGGUUUAAAUAUCCCAAUCCCAAUCCAAUCUCAAUAUGGAAGAGCAUUAUUCCCACAAAAGUCUGUGGGUUUAUAUGGCUAGUUUGGCAUAAAAGAAUUCUGACCAUGGACAAUCUGAAGAGACAAGGGUAUCAGCUGGCAAACCGGUGCGUCUUAUGUUA